AUGGCGGCCGCGGGAAGCCGGAAGAGACGGUGGUCUCUUCCGGGUCCUGAGGUGGGCGAGAUGAACCUGGAGGAUUUACAUCAGGACCUGCUCGAGAAGAUCCUCUCUUGGCUUCCUGCCUCGAGCUUCUUCCGCCUCCGGUCGGUGUGCAAGCGGUGGAGGUCCGCCGAAUCCUCUGCGACGUUCCUCAAUUCCUGCUCCGGGAUCGCCUCCAGAGAACCCUGGUUCCUCAUGGUCGACCCAGAUGUCGACCAGUCGGUCGUCUUCGACACCAGUGAGGGAAACUGGAAGAACAUCGGCCACCCGGCCCUCCUCCGGGAGACCCGUAACUCCAACUCCAUCCCCGUCGCAUCGUCCGGCGGGCUCGUCUGCUUCCUCACCACCGCCGGCAGCUUCAUCGUCUGCAAUCCUGUCACCGGAGCGUGCCGCGAGCUCCCCCCGAUGGGACUCGGCGAAGAGAAGGAGAAGGAGAGGAUUUACGCCAUUGCCAUGACCUCCUCGCCCUACAAGCUCUUCGUAAUCUCGGGCGACUUCCCAAACAUCCGUCUGAAGAUCUACGACUCGGCCGAAGAACGAUGGGAAGAAGCUCAGCUCUCCGGCGGUGAGCCCCACAGCACGGCCGAGCGGGACGUGGCCGGCGACGAGACGGUGUACUUCCUCAGCAAGGCGGGAGAGGUCGUCGCCACCAACACCCAAAGAAGCCCUUCCAAGCAGUACUCGUCGGUGAUCACCACGCAGGGCGGGGAGCUCCACAUGUUCUUCCUCAGCUCCGGCGGGGCUGUGGUGGGGUGCAAUCUCACGCAGAGAUCCUUCUCCGAGUACCCGAGGCUGCUGCCGGUCCACCUGGAGCACUCCUUCGACGUGGUGGAGUACAUGGGGGAGCUGAUGGUGGUGGCCCUGUCGGAGUUCCUGGAGAGCGCCAGCCUCCGCGUCUGGAGGUUCUGCAAGGACGACCAGCUGUGGCAUCAGGUGGCCGCGAUGCCGCCGGCGAUGUCGCACGAGCUCCACGGGAAGCAGGCCGACGUGAACUGCGUGGGCCUCGGGGACGCCAUCCUCGUGUGCGUGAGCUCGGCCGAGUUCAGUCGCCAUAUCGUCUGCAACCUGCCCUCCGGGCGGUGGUCCGAGCUGCCUGAGUGCUCCCUGAGAGGGACUAACGCGGGGGAGCUGCGCUCGGCCUUCUCCUUCGAGCCGAGGCUCGAGGCCCGCGUCUGA